ACUCUCUCUGUGACUGAGUUAACCCCGCCCCCUUCACCAGGGCUGCCCCGGAGUUAAAAGCUAUCAAUGAGCAUGUGAUGACGCAUGCGCAGUAGCGUUCACAAUGUUUCCAGCCAUAGCUAGACCUUUCCACCGCUCUGGUCCACGACUAUACGCUCUGAUCUCCAAAGCAGCGUGUGUCCACCAGGUGCGCAGUAGUAGCAGUGCGUUUACAGACAGAAGCUAUGAUGGGCUGUAUCCUGGACAUGUCUACACCACCCCCAUCCAGAAAGCCCUGCUGGCUGUUGGGUCAGGUGUGGCUGCACUACAAAAUCCCUACAGACAUGACAUGGUUGCAGUCCUCGGGGAGACGACAGGACACCUGGCGUUGAUCAAUCUCAGGAACAAGAUGAGAAACGAUCCUGAAGGCUACACGAUCCUAACAGAGAGGCCCAGGAUCCGGCUGUCUACACUUGAUCUGAGAGAGAUGGCCUCUCUGCCCGACGGCUCUUUCGGGAGAGAAUACCUCCGUUUCCUGGAGGACAAUGACGUGACUCCCGACUCAAGGGCAGACGUGAAGUUUGUGGAUGACGAGGAGCUGGCUUACGUCAUGCAGAGAUACAGAGAGGUCCAUGAUUUGCUCCACACUUUACUGGGCAUGCCCACCAACAUGCUGGGUGAAGUGGCAGUGAAAUGGUUCGAAGCUGCUCAGACUGGGCUUCCCAUGUGUGCUCUUGGAGCUUUGUUGGGGCCCCUUCGGCUGAAUGCAAGCCGCUUACAGUCGCUGUUCACAUCCUUGGGCCCCUGGGCUCUGCAGAAUGGUAGUCGGGCCCGCUGCGUCCUCAGCAUCUUCUACGAGAGACGAUGGGCGCAGAGCAUCAAAGACCUCCGACAAGAGCUCAACAUAGACCCUCCUCCCGUCAUACUCAGUGCUACCAGCAAGAAGAACACCUGAGAACGACAAAAAGAAGAUGAAUGAUUCAGGAAUCUCCGGGGAAAAUACUUUUAAUAGCGGGAAAAAACUGAAAUAAUUCAAGUGUUAUCCUUUUGUGGAAGGAUGUCGAGGUAAUUUCACAAUUACCAAACUUUGGCGUGUCAAGUUUGACUUUAAAUUGUGAAUCAUUUUGAGAGAAAUAAUUUCAGCUGUUGGAACAGUUAAGUUUUUAUGCUCUUCUGAUGCUGCUAGACGCAUAGUUCAUGUUCAGUCGCCAUCUUUAAUAGCGGAAAUAACAGAAACAAUUGAAGUGUUUUCCUGUGGGGAAGGGAGUUAACUACUGAGGAAAUUUCACGAUUGCCAAACUUAGGCUUGUCAACCGUUACUUUGAACUGUGAAUCAUUUUGAGUGAAGUAAUUUGCUCUUCUGACGCUGCUAGACUCAGCUCAACAGGUCAUGUUCAGUCGCUAUCUGUUGUUGAGAAACUGUGUAUUUGUAUCAAGAAUAAAAAAUAAAAAAAAUACAAUAAGUCUUUAUUUAGGGGCUGCAAAAUUUUGAAAAAA